AUAAAUAUACACAGACAAAUUGAAAUGAUUUAUUGCAGAUAGAGUUAGGAAAUGGCUACUGGGAGAAGUGUUGUGGUAGGAGGAGUACAUAUCGUUAAGGGUAAAUCUGGUCGGACAGGGUUUGUCGGAGCCCCUGCAGAAGGGCCUGCCGACCUCGAAAAGAAAAGGGCUAGUUACAUACGCAUGCAUUUACUGAUAGUAAGAGAGGUAACGAACUUGUUAAAGGCACGAUUUGACCUGGCUGUACCGCCACACCAACUUCAUGCAACGUUACAAAGUUUUAUCAAUACCUUAAGUUAUGCAAAGAAUAAUAAUCUUCUUAAUGCAACGCAGUGGAACCUUAUGUUUCCGCAAUGUCACCAACCGACUUCAGACAACUUCGAUGCUUCUCUACUAGCUUAUCUACUGAGAAUCAUCUGUGGACUUAAUUCAAAGUCGAAAUGGUGGGAUGAAACUGACAACAGCAAGAUUCCUGAUAAUGUAGUUACUGAAGAAGCUGACAUUGCUCGAUUGAGAAACUUAAAGAAUGAUAUGCAGCACAAAGAAGUAGCUUCAUUAGAGCCGGCAGAAUUUCAAGACAUGUGGGACCUUGCAGAAAAGGUAAUGUCUCGACUUGCGGCAAAAUUACAAAUACAAGAUCAAAAGCAGAACAUUGAUGAUUUGAAAACCAGACAAUUUGAUUUAGUAACAGAUGAAAUGGAAAGUAUAAGAGGAAAUACCGAACAUUUUCUACAAAUCUAUCAAGACGAUCUUCAAUAUGUAGAAACUACUGCCUACCAGAAAGCAAUGUCAAUUUUAAGAGAUAAACACAUGGUAAUACUAAUUGGUCAUCCAGGGGAAGGUAAAACUACUAUGGCUGCAAGACUUGCCUUAAAUGUAAGUCACUCCCCACGUAACUGCCUUAAACUUGUAGCGCCAUCUGAUUGGAGAAAAAUCGAUUUGUCAUUAAAACUUUUUGAUACAAUAAUCAUAGAUGACAUAUUUGGUGCUGGUGCUUUAGAUCAGAAGUUGGUCGGUGAUUGGCGAUAUUAUCUGAAUGAAAUAGAGAGAGCAGCAAAGAAAAAAGCUGUCCGGGUGAUAAUAACGUCCAGGCAUAACAUAUAUGAGGAAUCUAAAAAAGAACUUGGUGCCUUGCCAAUGUUCAAGAAAGCUCUUCUGCUUACAACUUCUGAGCUUACAUCCGACGAGAAAACAAAAAUUCUAAAAAUGCAGUUGGCAAGAAAUGACAAAUAUCUGGAAGACAAAACAAUACACGAAUGCGUUAAAGCUACGGAAUGGCCGACAGAUGAAGUAAACGAUUUUCUGUUCGGAUUUCCAGAAAGUGCAUCUAUGUUUGUAAGAAACAACGCCAUACUCGACAAAGGUGUAUCAUUUUUUAAGAAACCAGCUCAAUUCAUAAGGAACUAUUUAGAAAUUUUGUAUAAAGGCAAUGAACAAAAAAAGUUUUUGGCACUUGUAGCUGUGUGGGCCAGUGAUAAUAAAAAGUUAUCACGAGCAAAACUAAGGAAUGGGAAAAAUGCAUACGGACAUGUCAAGAGGAUAGCUGAAAUAUUCAACCAUGAUUUUAACAGAGGCUUUCUUGACGAAAUUCUUGUGUCAUUAGAUUCUCAUGUUGGAGGAUAUCUUGUUUUCAUAGAGGCUACUGGAGAGUAUGCUUUUAGUCAUAAUGUCAUCGCAGAUAUGGUUGGUUUGGUCUUUGGUAAACAGAAACCAGACGAAGCUGUAGAAAUAUGUCCACGAGACUUUCUUAUGGAGUUUGUUUCAAUCGAGGAAGACAAACAAGAUGAUUCUAAAGUAGCCUUAAUGGAUAGACAAACCGACUGUCUAAUAGUAAAAUGUGUUAAAAUGCUUUUCCGGGACAACUGUAACCAAGAUCCUAAGGAAACCAAACUAGAUGAGUUUCAAAAACUUUCCAGGACCGGACAGAAUAAUAAUUUCAUUUACAUUAUCCGCAUGAUUGAUUUUGGUAUCAUUAAACACAAAGCUUUUAGCUCUGAGAGAUUUGUGAAAGCGUUCAUCGACUAUAUCAUUGAAGAAAAUCUCGUACAAAAGUGUUUCUCUUUACCCGUCAUGAUAAUGAUGGGACAUUUCCUUGACUAUGGGAUAUCUAUGAAGCUACUUGAUAUGUGUCUGAUGGGAUAUGCCUGGUAUACUGGAGCAACGACAUUUGCAAAGGAAGUUAUGAUACGGCGGGUACUCGGAGAAGAAAAUGUCGAUUUGUCUGUACCCUUAUUGUUGGCCGUUCACUCAAGACAAAAAGAUUCAGUUGAAUUCCUCCUUCGCCAUGGAGCUAAAGUAACUGGCGAUGCGAUAUAUAUCGCCUCACAUAAGAGCAUAGAGCUUCUUAAGAUAUUACUUCAAAAUCCAGGAACAAACGUCAAUGACAGAGGACAUGCAGUCAAUGGUAAUUUUCCUUUAAUUGUAGCAGCAGGAAAGGGUCUAACUGAAGCUGUGAAAUGCAUGCUUAACUCAGGUGCUGAUGCCGGAGUACAGAACACAGCACACAUGACGGCAUUACAUAAAGCAAUAGUAUACAAACAUAAAGAUGUGAUCAAGCUAUUGAUAGAUGCCGGGGCACCACUUGAUAAAAAAGGGGGUAAAUUAAACAGAACCCCAUUGCAUUUAGCAGUUGAUUUGAAUGAAAUGGAACUUGUGGAGGUUCUCCUUGAAAAAGGUGCUUCUUUGAUGGUCAAAGACCAUAGAGGACAAAUCCCAAUACAUAUUGCUGCUAUAAGAGGAAGAACUGAUAUUCUACAAGCACUUUACUUAGCGGAUCCAAGCCAAGACAAACUAUUAAUUUCCUACUAUGGUACAGAGUCUUUUAUCAGAGGACAUUCAUUAUUUCAUAUUGCCGUUUGGAAAAAGAAUGAAGAGCUUCUAGAUGCUUUGAUAGGACUAAACGCUGAUCCAAAUGUAACAGAUUUCUAUGAUCAGACGCCUUUGUACUUUGCAAUUAUGAGAACAGAGGAAAGCUUCGUGAACAAAUUAUUAAACUAUGGGCGAACCGAUAAGAGAAAACCACAAAAGCAAGGUUUCACUCCUCUACAUGCCGCUAUUCACAUUGGUUUAUAUGACAUUGCAAAACGUUUGGCUUUAGAUGCUAAUGUAAACGCAGAAGACGAAAACGGAAAAACGGCACUUCAUGUAGCAUGUGAAAAGGCAAAUGUUGGGUUAAUACAGACUCUUCUUGCAAAAGGAGCAAAUCCAAGAGUUGUCACGAAGAGAGGCGAAACUGUCUAUCAUAUCUUGAAAAGAAGUGAGAAGAAAUUGUCUAUAAGAGGAUGUAACGAUGCACAACGUGCUGAGCAAGUCAUUCGUGAAUUUGACCCGGAAUUCGUUGAAAUAUUGCCGACAAGAAGAAAUAAAUUCGGCUCAGAAAUCAGACCCAAAGGAAGAAAAAAACAGAAACACAACACAAUGCAUUCAUAUGAAAGUAAUGAUUACUUAGCAGCGUGUGCUUCCAUAGAAGAUAUGUAUGACAAUCCAAAAGCAAUCAAAAAAGGGAAAAAGAAAAAAGUGAAAAAAGAUAUGUUUGACGAUUAUGGCGACUACUUUUAAAGGAACGAAAUUGAAAAUCAUUGAAAGAAGCCGUGUCUUUUGUUUAAUCGUAUGUGCUGAGAUAAUGAAUCAAAUGUACAAAUAACUACAAAUGUUAGACGUAAUGUUUGCUGAUAAAAUUACAUGAUUAUGUUCUGGCAAUAACAUGUGUCUUAAUAUUUACUUGUUUAUUAAUAUUCUAUAUAUAAAGCUAUAAUUGUAUAUUUAAGUUUGAUGCUAGAAUUAAAACAUGUCAU